AUGGUUGUCCAAGCACUUGAUGUACAGAAAGAUCCAUUUCGUCCACCUGAAGAAGGAGAAAUCAUUCUUGGUCCAGAAACUCCAUAUCUAAGUGCAAUUGGUGCAUUAAUGUACCUUGCAAAUAAUACAAGGUCAAAUAUAGCUUUUGCAAUAAAUCUUCUAGCAAGAUACAGAUCUACACCGACACGAAGACAUUGGAAAGGAGGAAAAGAUGUGCUAUGUUAUUUACGAGGAACUACAGAUCUUUGCUUAUUCUAUCCACAAGAAUCUUUAUCCAACCUCACAGGCUUUGCUGAUGCUGGGUAUCUAUAUGAUCCUCAGAAAGGGAAAUCUCAGACUGGAUACAUAUUUUCUUACAAUGGUGCAACAAUGUCAUGGCAUUCCACAAAACAAACUCUUACAGCUACUUUAUCAAAUAAUACUGAAAUUCUAGCUUUACAUGAAGUAAGUCCAGAAUGUCAGUGA